CAGCUCUACAGAGGCAGCUCUCUUGGCAAACAGUGCGGCUCACGACUGAUCUUACCUGAGCUACCGGCACCCAAGGUGAAAACAGGGCAGGUGGCGGUGACCGCUGUACGAAGUGUAAAAAUAUCUUCGAUUUUCUAAGACACCGCCCCUCCAGUCUUGUGACGUCACACGUUGUUAUGAUUCUAGAGUGACGUGCUUGUACCCACGUCAGCUAGCCAAUCAGGGGUAGACAGCGAGCUGUAACCACGCCUCCUUCGUGUGCCACGGACACACCCACAACUGACACGUGCAAUGGUCAGCGCUGAACGGAUCCAGGUCACUUUAACGGGCGGGGCGCCAUGGGGGUUCCGGCUUUCUGGGGGAGGGUCCCUACCUCUCACAAUCAACAAGAUUCGCAAGAAGAGUCAGGCUCACGUACAUGGCCUCCUGGAGGGUGACGCCGUCAUCUCAAUCAACGGCGUCCACGUCCACGACAAGACGCAGGACGAGGCUCUAGAGCUGGUGGAGCAGGCGGGAGACUCUCUGGCGCUCGAGAUCUUCAGAGGUGACAUGGAUGAGCUGAGCCGAGAGAAGCCAAAGAAAGCCAUUCUUGUUCCUGGUGGCGUCAUGGCCGCGCCCCAAGACAGCGCGCCACCUACCCUUCAAAUGACGUCAUCGGCCGAUUUUGAUUCCUUCGACACGGCAGAAAGCGAGCUCAGCUUGAGUAAUUUUAAACUCAUCACCAGCGUGGACGACAUGAGCGCGUCCACAUACAGCACGGAACAAACUUCCGGCUUGACCCUCUCCGCCACCGUGGGUGAUGUGAGUGGAACCGCCUACGACACGGAACAGAAUUCCGGUCUCAUCCUCACCUCAACUGUGGAUGACAUGGGCGGGUCUACCUACAGCACGGAGGAAACUUCCGGUGUGACCCUCAUCACCACGGAGGACGACAUUUACUCUGAAGCCGUCCAGGAAGUCGAGUCGUCUCCCCUGAUCCUGAUCGACGCUGGCGACAUUUCCACUUCCCAAGACACGACUCAAGUCGACGAGGUUCACUCCUCGUUCCAGCAAAGCAAAGUCUGCGCCGAGCCUUUUGUGGACUCUGUAGAGACCGCGAGUUCCCCGUCUCGCUAUAGCCCUCACGUCAUCGCGGAACCGGCUCCUAUCCUUGUGCAGCCGGAAGUCACGGUAAUCUCCCAGCCUGCACCUGGAUUAAGUCCCCACAGCCGCAGUCCCGUCCCCCCUCCUGUCAGCCCCAAACCCCAGAGGUUCUCCAGCCCCCAGCCCCCUCCCGUCAGCGCCAAACCGCCAGGUGUGAUGUCCACAUCGGCUCACGCCACUUUCGAUGACGGUCGCACCAGACGUGAGGUCACCUCUGAGCAGCACGUGCAGAAGAGCGACGACGGGCGCAGCAGCACCUUCGUCCAGCGAGAGACCGUCCACACCACCAGCAACUACGGCCCGUCCUACGUCCAGAACCAGACCUCCGCUUUCAACGUCGUCCAGUCCAACGGCGCGACCAGACGCACCACCACCAGCAAAACAACCGUCAACACGACGGCAGUCACCAACAAAAAAGGCCCCACCCCCUUCCAGAGCACCGUGUCCAGCAACAUCCCCCUCCCCCAGCCCGCCCUCCCCACCAGCCUGAGCUCUGGGAACCUGACCAGCACCGGACCCUUGUUUAAGCCCACCAAGUUUGUACCUGGCCAAGGCAAGAAAGACAUCCCUGGCCUGUACUCACCUUUAGUUGAUGGGAAAGAAAAUGCGCCCCCACAGCCAAUGUUUCAGGUCAAGAAAAUAGUGCCGGACAAGCCACAGAGCAACACCCGGGAUGUCUGGCGCCCCAACGUCUGGAUAUCAGACGGCUACCAGGACCAGGCCCCCAUGACCCCCUCAGAGGACAACUCCCCCUACUCCACCCUCACCUACCCCAAGCAGCAGCCCGGCUACUCUCUUGUGGAGGAACAGAAGAGGCGACUUCUUCAGUCACAGACCUCCACCACCUCAAAGAACGAGUACGAGGACUACUACACCGACCACGUGGACCAGUACGACAGUCAGCAGGGCCAACACAAGCAUGGGCGUCUCCACGUGUUCGCCCCGCCCGUGGAGAUCCACGCAGACAGCGGCUACCAGGAGUACUAUGACGACAUGGAGGACUUUGACGACGGCGGCUCCAGUCCUGACUCGUCAGUCAUCAGGAGGAGAAAGAAACUGUAUUCUGACUCCGCCUUCUACGACGCACCUGGCAAGAAUUACCCGACGAUCACGGAGCAGAUGAAGCUGUGCAAGAAGAUCGCCCAAUCCCUCACGUCUGCUGCCAAUCGACGAGCACGUGGCGCCAAGAUGUUCAUGAAGCGGAAACGCAAGUCCAGCAAGUGGAUCCACGAGGGCCACAGCGAGUGGUCGUCCUCGGCUGGUGACGUGGCUAAUCUCCAGGAGCUGGACAGUGAGCUGAGUCCUGACGAGGGCGGGAACAAACCCCUGCUGUACUUCAAAAUCCCGAGUCUCAAAAACCGCAUCAGCAGCGACGCGAAGCAAACCAAAAUGGCGUUGACCCAGGAGCAGUUUGAGAAACUGCGUCUGAAUUCUAAAAAAUGUGAACACACCGCCGUCCCCCCAGACACCUGUUUUGACAUUGUCGCUGAUCUUAAAGCACACAAGGGACGCGGUGGACGAAUGUUCGAGAAACGAAAGCAGCGUUCGGAUAAAUUUGUUAUUGACGAAACCAAUGCCAAAUUUCCCCACCCCAAGCCCUCCCCCUUCCCGGCGAAGCCCGCGACGAAAGAAAAAACCCCGUGGCAGGCCGCCAUAGAAAAUUCUGGAAACGUCGACGCAGCUUUCUCGCAGUUGACGGAGUGGGAGAAGAACCAACGGCUAAAUCAAAGCGCCAAACUUGAGGGUCUGAACCUGGCGCCUCUGCCGGUGGUCAAGUCGACCCUCAAGUCUGACGAGUCGGUCCAUCUCUUGGAGGGCAAGAACUUUAACCGCACAGCUAAAGGCUGGAGAGGGGGUGGAGAGUACCCCGUCGCUGAGAAGAUUCACCCAGUCGCCAACCCUCGCCAGAGACAGACCCCCCUGCAAAGCCCCGGGUCUAAUAUUCAACAAUACAACACAAAAGCGAAGCCUUGGCAGGGCCAACCAGAGCCUAGCUAUGCUGCCAACCCUGUUGCUUCAGCCAAGCCUUGGCAGGGCCAACCAGAGCCUAGCUAUGCUGCCAACCCUGCUCCAACAGCCAAACCUUGGCAGGGCCAACCAGAGCCUAGCUAUGCUGCCAACCCUGUUGCUUCAGCCAAGCCUUGGCAGGGCCAACCAGAGCCUAGCUAUGCUGCCAACCCUGCUCCAACAGCCAAACCUUGGCAGGGCCAACCAGAGCCUAGCUAUGCUGCCAACCCUGUUGCUUCAGCCAAACCUUGGCAGAGCCAACCAGAGCCUAGCUAUGCUGCCAACCCUGUUGCUUCAGCCAAACCUUGGCAGAGCCAACCAGAGCCUAGCUAUGCUGCCAACCCUGCCCCAACAGCCAAACCAUGGCAGGGCCAACCAGAGCCUAGCUAUGCUGCCCCACCUGCCCCUCCCAUGCCUUACGAUCAGAGAACCGUGGGGAGACAAAACACAUGGCAGCCCACCAGGCAGGAAGAAAGCGAAUGGCCAGCAUCAAGACAGGGCCAACGCGUCAAUGGCCAAGUCACUGGUCAACAAGCAACCCGAGGGAGAUUUGAAAAUCAGGGCCAAAGACCAAAGAGUUGGCAUCCCGACAGCACGCAGGCCCAGCGGUACCAGGAGAGCAGUCAUAGCCAGUGGUAUGAGGACAACACACAGGCUCAGAGCCAAAGAGACGAUUUAGAUUUCUCCUACGCUCCGGUAGACUACAACUUUGGCUCGCAGGAAUUUCGUAAAGCUGCCUACAGGCAACCUAUCAUCCCCGGCACAGAUUUGUGAUAGACUCUUCCCAUGUGCGUCACGUCAUCUGACUGAUGUCUGACUGAAUUCGUACGGUUUACCAGUUUACAAGUCCGAUUGUCUUUUCUGGCCAGAACAAUUUUCAAACUCUGGCCAAAAAUCGCAUCUCAGUUACCACGUUUGUAGACCUAGUAUAGAUAGAGGUGUUUUUUUUUUCCUGGCGUUGCUUAAAGCGGUUGAUAAACGCUUUACAGUGAUUGUCAAGUUCAUUAGUCAAUUGCACAUGUCAUAUGAAUUUACCUAAACAUGUGUUUUGAAAUAGCUACGUACUUAAAAAAAAUUAUACCGUUUCUGCCCAUGUUAUUUAUUAUUUCAUUGCGUGACUCCAGUGAUAUUUUAACAUACCCAUUCAUGUAUCGCAUAGAAUAACACCUUUUAAGUUCAUUUUUAAAUUAUGUUGAUCAUAUUUUUCUUGUAUACUUUUUUUGUAAUUUUAUCACAAGAAUUGCCAAAGUUUGAUUGCAUAACUUAGAAAGUUAUCGUCUGCAGUUGGUUGAAAUAUAUCUUUCUGAUUGUGUUCACUGCCUUCGUCAUACACAUAUUGGAUGAGUGCUGAUGACUAAAACAGUAAGUCCUAGGAAUUCAAUGACUCCUUCAAAUUUGUUCAGUGACUGGCUACUUAAUUCAUCUACUCUCCGCUGUGUGACAAACAUUGUUUAAAAAAAAAAUUAAAUUACUACUCCGUGUACUUUGCAGAACUGUCAAAAAAAAUGACUCCUCCCUGUGUGAAAAAAAGCCGACUACGGAAUUCAACGAAUGCUCCCUUGAUUAUAUAAAAUGGUUUUCAGUCUAUCUUUUCAUGUAGAUAUAUUUUUUAACCAAUGAUGUCUAUUUAAAUAGUGCCAGCUGUAUUUGAUUUUUGCCAUUCGUUUGUCCGAAUAUUUAAAUUGUAAAAGAAUUGUAACAGUAGUUACUUUUAUUUAUUCCUUUGGUUGUGAUCACCGCGUGAAUUAUUAUUACUUGUGUAUAUAUUGGUCCUUGCAAUGGUAUGGCGUGAUGGCGAUUUGCUGGUACCGCCGGCUUAACCUUGAAUAUAUUUUUUCUCACCUGUUUGAUUCAGAGUUUACCUGUGUUCUGGUAGGCUAACUUGCAGGUGAAUAAACGUUGUUUCAACGGCAAAAAUAACGGCUAGAAAUUUAAACCCGUUGUUGAAAAAGUACAAUCCACUUACUCCGGAAGUGGGUUAAAAAAACAUUUUCCUUCGAAUGUGCCUUCGUUUAAAUUUACCCCUGUUCGUUGGUUUCUUUAGGCGUGAAAUGUUUUGAAUUCAAAUAAUUUUAAAAUGAACAUUACUCAUGAACAAGCAGGGCAUGCAGACAUUUUGUUUUCUUUAAAUAUGUGCUUUGUUUUUUUCAAAGACAACGGAAGUGUUUCUGCAAUUCAAAAUAGUGCAAAAGUAAUUUUCAAAAUCCUACUCGGUAAGUAAUUUACAAAGCAAGCGUGUCAUAAUAAUAUGUAAUGUCAAUGCUGCUUGAUAAAAUAUUUAUGUUGAUUGUGAAAUGUAUACCCAGUACAUGAAUGUCCUUCAUGUCCUGUGGCCCUCAGUAUUUGAAAGUCCUACGUGUCCUGUGUAAAAUAGUUUAACUUUAAACCUGCAAAACUCGUAUGAGAUACUCCAAAGUGUGUUAUGGUUGAUACGAUUGCACCCCAGUUUGGGAGAUUGUGCGUUAACCACACCAAAAAGGUGAACUCUCACCCCCCCCCCCCCCCCCCCACCUCCCUAUUAGGUUAAGCCUGCACAAGCUACACACCUUCUGUCAGUGCAGAAAGGUAACACGGUUCUCUCAGUGUGUUGUGUGUUAUAAGUCAAGUCGUCUAAGAUACGUGCUCAGAAAAAUGGCGUCCGCCUAGGACGAUUAAAAAACACUUGCUCAUCUUACACUGACCAGUAUCCAAUUCUAACAUCCAACUCGGGUCAGUAGCACAUGCUAAUAUCCAUCAUACUAGUAACAAAUGUUAACAUCCAUCAUUGGUUAGUAACAUUUUGUAACAUCAAACACCGGUCAGUAACAAAUCUGUAACACACUCUUACCUGAAAGUACUGCCGGAAAAAAAACCGUUGUUUAAAAAAUAUUUGCCACCUGGUGUACGCGAUGAACCCAAAUUUCGGAACUCUAAAGAAACGAAAUAAUAAAGUAAAAAAGCACUCGCUAAAAAGAAAGGAAACAAACUGUGCUCAAGGCAUACGUAUUAAACAUGGGAAUGUGAUUUUGUAUAUAUUAUUGUAGAUAUUUUCCCUGCAUUUUUUUGCAAUUAAAGAUGCAUAACAAUUAGUGAGUUCUUGUACUAGGCAGUUAAACCUACAUGCAGUUAGCCCGUCUGUAUUGAUGAUAUCACCACCUUAAUGAGCUAAUAUAUCCAUUUUCAAGUUUUCUCUUGCUUUCAUUACGCCAGCUAGAUCAAACACAGAAUGGUUCGAAUCCUUUUAUUCUCACGUUUGUCUCACCUCUAAGUAUCACCUGUUGACAACACCUCUACUAGGUAUCACCUGUACCUUAGGCCUACGUUCAUAUCACCUUCAACCAUAUCAUCAACAUUUAGAGAUUAACGGUAACUAACGUUACAAACACAACACUACAUUCAUACAGUAGAAAUUGCUUGCAAGUAUUGCCAUUAUCUGGUUAAUAAACAUCAACUAUUUUAUCAUUGGCGGAUCUAGGCGGUUACGGUCGGGGCGAUCACCCCCUCCACACUCCACAUAGACUGUGGAUCCACCCAGACGAUAGUUUUAAGUUCAGUGUUCGAUGACAGAUAAAACGUAUAUAAUUACUUAUAGUCUAGUUACAGAAUCAGAAUACACAACAUCAUCGAUUACAAAAUUUACUCUGAACAAAUUUGUCAAUUAUCAACUGCAGGAAAAACUUGCUUUAUACGGUAAUGUUCUACAUGUCCAGGAAGAAAUACUUUUUUACAAAUGUAAUGCAUAUCUGGUUUAAAAAUGUUUGAGAUGAGUUUUAUAAAGAGAGUUUUACAUUGCAUUUCUAGUUUUGUUACAUUUUUUAUAGACUGUAUUUAAAGAUUAAACUUUUGCAUUAGAUUAAAUU